CUUCUCUGGUUCCCCUUUAUUCUGCUCCAAAACCAAGAGCCGCCCGCCUUUGUGACAUCCCUCUCCGUUGCCAAGCAACAGUCGCAGGGCUCCCCUGGCUGCACUGGCCCUGGGGGGAGCCUUGGGCCCAGGAGCUCUAGGAGGCAGUGGAAGGAGAGCAGAAGGAGAGGGGCAGGUGUCGGCCAUGCUGCGGCUGCUCGUGGAGUCCGCCAGGGUUCACCCUCCCCUCAGCCCCCCGCCCAGCCCCUCUGUCACCGUCUACUUCAGAGAUGUCAAGAAGAGAACUCUCAUGGUGGAAGGGAAUAACCCCACAUGGAACGAGACCCUGGUGUGGCACCUCUGGGCCCGUCCCCUGGAAGAAGACGCCUUUCUGCAGCUCAUCCUCCGGGACCUGAGCUCGACGCGGAAAGAAAGGUUCAUGGGCCUGGCCAUGGUGCUGCUCAAGCCCCUGGUGGAGCACCCCAAGGACGUGCUCCUCGUGAAGGACCUCGUUCUGCUCAACCACUCCAUGAAGCCCACGAACUGCACCGUCACCUUACAGGUGGCCCAGAUAACCGAGCAGGAAAUGAGGGCAGGGCAUGAAGACGUCCUUGGGCUGACCGCGAGAGACUUGGCGAGGCAGCAGCUGAUGGUCCCCGGCUCCGCCGAGCACAAGCCCAUGUCCUCCAAACCGCAGAACUUCCAGGUCCGUGUGAAGGUGUUCGAGGCCCGCCAGCUCAUGGGAAACAACCUCAAGCCCCUGGUGAGGGUGACCAUCGGACGGGCCCAGCAGCACACGCGGGCCAAGACGGGGAGCAACCCUUUCUUCAAUGAGACCUUCUUCCAGAAUUUCCGUGAGGUUCCUGCCAAGUUCUUUGACGAGCCCAUCUUAAUCCAGGUGUUGAAUUUCUUGGUGAUGAGACCCAACCAGGAGAUCGGGCGUUUCCAGACAGAUAUUGGGUUUGUCUACCAUUCUCCAGGCCACGCGAUCCAGAGGAAGUGGCUGGGUCUCUGCCAGCCUGACAACCCCAGCAGCGGCCUCAGGGGCUACCUGAAGGUCACUCUCUGUGUCCUCGGCGUGGGAGACCAGGCCCCGGUGGAUCAGAAGGUGACCUACGGGGCCGACGACACCGAUGUGCAGUUCUUCAAGUCCAUCGCCGUCACGGUCAACAUGGCCCACUUGCAGUUCUUCAUCUACUGCGCCGAGGACCUCCACUUCAAGAAAAACCACCUGGUGGACCCCAUGCUGGAGGUGGAAAUCAUUGGGAAAAAGCUCAAGACUUACCGGCUGUCCCCGACCGAAAACCCGAUAUGGAACCAGAUCCUGACCUUCCCGAUCCAGCUGCCCUGCCUCUCCAGCUACAUCCGCUUCCGCGCCCUGGACUGCGCCGCCGGGAAGGACUCCGGGGACGAGAUCGGCACGGCCUGCCUGCACCUCAGCCAGAUCUCCUCCACCGGGGCGGAGACCGAAGGCGGCUACUCCGGCUUCCUGCCCUGCUUCGGGCCCGGCUUCCUGAUCCUCCGCGGGGGCAGAAAGGCGCCCUUCAGGGUGCAGGAGGAGGGCGCGUACAUCCCCGAGGAGGUGAAAGAUGGUUUAGCUUAUCGAGGCCGCCUCUUCCUGGAGUUGAUCACCCAAACGAAGUCCUUCCAGGAUGCUCAGAUGAAGGACCUGUCGCAGGAAGUGACCCGGAUAGAGAAGCACCAGAGCCGCCAGAAGUACGGGCUGUGCGUUGUCUUCCUCUCCUGCACCAUGAUGCCCAGCUUCAAGGACCUGAUCCAGUUCGAGGUCAGCAUCGGCCACUACGGGAACAAGAUGGACCUGAAAUACAAGCCGCUGGUCUCAGCCACGCAGUACAGCCCGGUCAUCUACGACGGGAACAUCUACCACUACGUGCCCUGGUACAACAUCAAGCCCGUCGUGGCCGUGACCUCCUACUGGGAGGACGUCAGCUUCCGCAUGCACUGCCUCAACCUCCUCCACCUCACCCGCGAUCGCCUGAAAGCCAAUCUGGACACCCUGAAAUCCAUGCGGAACCCGCACGACCCGGCGCUGCUCCCCCAGUGGAAGAAGCUGCUGACGGAGCUGGAGGAGGAUUGCAAGCGCCCCCUGCCCUGCCUGGACAACCAGCCCCAGGCCACGGAGCUGGACAAGCAGCGCUGGCGGCUGCGCAGCCUCCUCCUGCAGGAGCUGGCCCGCCAGGCCCAGCAGGCCAGGGCCGAGGACAUGGUGGCCACCGCCGAGGGCUGGCUGUUCCGCCUCUCCGCCGUGCUCCCCGAGCCGCAGGCCGGCCUCCCCGACGUGAUGGUGUGGCUGCUGUGCCGCGGGCAGCGCGUGGCCUACGCCCGGGUGCCCGUCCACUCCGUGCUCUUCUCCCAGGCGGGGCCCCUGCACUCGGGCAGGUUCUGCGGGAAGACGCAGACCCUCCUCCUGCAGCACCCAGAGGGCGAAGAACCGAAGGACAUGCUCCCGGCCCACCUCCGGGUCUGCAUGUGGUUCGGCAACAUCGCCGACAGCCAGAACCUCAAGCUGCUCCGCCACGGCAACAUGGUGGUCUACGCGGAGACGUACGAGAACCAGGCCAAGAACAAAGACCAGUGGGGGCCGCAGGGCCUGCACCGCUGCCCCCCCUUCUCUGACGUCACUGGGCGCACCAGCCUCCCCACGCAGGAUUUCAAGGAGCCUCCCGGGUGGCACUGGCUUGGGGACUGGAUAGUGGAGCCCCAGAGGAGACUCCUCCUGGACGUGGACAUCAACCGGAGCCAGGUGCUAGAGGAGGUGUACGAGAACCAGCGCCGCGACCCCACGGGGGCCUGGGUGCCGGCGGCCAUCCCCAAUACGGACACGAGUGGGCAGCCCGUGGAGGCCCGGGAGGACAUGCAGUGCCCCGAGGGCUGGCACAUCAAGAAGAACUGGAUCGUGGAGCUGAACCACGCAGUGGACAACGAGGGCUGGGAGUACGGCGUGGGGAUCCCGCCGUCGGGGCUGCCCCGGGUCUGGACGUCGGUGGAGAAGACCUACUACUCGUGCCGCCGGCGUCGCUGGGUGCGCCUGCGGUACCGCAGCCCGCAGCAGCCGGACGGCGAGCAGGAGACGCUGUCCUUCCUGCAGCUGCACGGGCCCGGCCCGGCCGGGGAGGACGAGGGCUGGGAGUACGGCACCUUCGGCUCCAAGUUCCACCUGAACCCCCAGCCCGGGAGCCGCUUCCGCCGCCGCUGCUGGCACCGCCGGCUGGCCCCCAACAGGGACGGGGGCGCGGCGCCCAUCUUCCUCCUGGAGGGCUCCUUGGACUUGGACGUGAAGCGUCAAGCCCGGAACAGGAAGGAGAAGGAAGAGGAGAACCCGUCCCUCCUGCAAUGGAGCCGGCUGAGCCUGGACCUCUGGAGGAGGGCCGAGCAGGACGCCCGGCCGCCCGGACUGCCCUUCAUCUACUGCGUCUUCAGCAAGCCCCACUACUACCAGCUCUUUUGCUACAUCUACCAGGCCCGAAACCUGAUGUCCAACCAGAUCCAGACUUUGCAGGGGCCCUUUGUUCGCGCGCUCUUCCUGAACCACAGCCAGUGCACCCAGACCCAGAGGAGCUCCCCGGUGCCCACGUGGGACCAGACGCUGAUCUUCCAGCACCUGCUCCUGUACGAGAGCCCUGUGGACACGAGGGAGAGCCCCCCGGCCGUGGUGCUGGAGCUGUGGCAGCGGGAGGCCCAGGGCAAGGAGAGCUUGUGGGGACGGAGCACGUGGUCUCCAGUGGUCUGGCUGGAUCUCCAAAACCGGACUCUGCCCCCACUGAGGUGGCACCCCCUCGUGAAAGGGCUGGGGGAGGAAGAGGGUGAGAUCUUGGCAUCCUGUGAGCUGAUCCUCGAAAGCCAGAGCCUGAGGGAGCAGAAGCCACCGGUCCUGAGUGUGCCCUGGAAGGACGGGAUACGCACGCUGCCCAAGGACAUCCAGCCCACGCUGAGGAAGAUGGCCGUUGAGAUCCUGGUCUGGGGCCUGCGGAACCUCAAGAAGGUGCGCCGCCCCCAGCUCCUGGUGGAGUGCGGCGAGGUGUCCCUGCGGACGGAGCCCAUCGCGGACUUGCAGAGCAACCCCAAUUUCCCCCAGCCGGCCCUCUUCUUCACGCUGCUUCUGCCGCUGGAGGAGGCCCACGCGCUGCCCCUGGUGCUGACGGUGCUGGAGCAGUGGGACUUCGGGCAGCAGCGCGUGGUGGGCCAGGCCAGCGUCAGCUCCCUGCGGCCCUAUCUCUGCGACCCCUGGGCCAGCCACGUGCCCCCGCGGCCCCCAGAGCUGCCUGCGAAGCAGCGGCAGGAGGUCCUGGGACUCCUCCAUGGCAAGUUCUGGUUCAAGGCCAGCAAACCCGAGGAGGAAUUCGAGCACGAUGUGGACUGGUGGAGCAAGCUGUUCUGGGCCACCGGGGACACCCCCCAGUCCCUGAAGUACAAGGACAGAGACUACCACACCCUCAAGGUGUACGACUGUGAGCUGGAGGCGGUGCCGGGCUUCCAGGGCCUGCAGGACUUCUGCCAGACCUUCCCGCUCUACCGGGAGCAGCCGGGGCCGGGCAGCCCUGCUGUGGGGGAGUUCAAGGGCCUUUUCCGCGUCUACCCGUUCCCUGAGGACCCCAAAGCCCUCAAGCCGCCCCGGCAGUUCCUGGCCUGGCCCGACAGGGAGAGCUUUCCCCAGGAGUGCCUGGUGCGGGUGUACUUGGUGCGCGCCCUCAACCUGCAGCCCCAGGACUACAGCGGCCUGUGUGACCCUUAUGUGAUUCUGAAACUGGGGGAGAACACGCUUGGCGACCGCAACAUGUACCAGCCCAACACCCUGGACCCCAUCUUUGGCACGAUGUUUGAACUGCGCUGCACCAUCCCCCUGGAGAAGGACCUAGAGAUCCAGCUGUAUGACUAUGACCUUAUUUCACCCGACGAUAAGAUUGGAACCACAGUCAUUGACCUGGAAAACCGACUCCUGUCUGGGUUCGGGGCUCGCUGUGGCCUCUCCAAAUCCUACUGCCUGUCAGGGCCCUUCCGGUGGCGGGACCAGAUGUCCCCAAGCCACCUCCUGGAACGCUAUGCCAAACGGAGGGGGCUGCCCCCACCCGUGUACAACAGCAGGGACGACUCUGUGUUUUACAACGGGAAGAACUUCAAGCUGCAGAGCUUUGAGCCCAAGCCCCCCACGGCUCAGAACCUGGGGCCCAAGAAGGAGCGCCUGGCGCUGCACGUCCUGCACACCCAGGGGCUGGUCCCGGAGCACGUGGAGACCCGCACGCUGUACAGUGACAGCCAGCCGGGCAUCGACCAGGGAAAGGUGCAGUUGUGGGUGGACAUCUUCCCCGUGACGCUGGGGCGUCCCGGCCCCCCAGUCAACAUCAGCCCCAGAAAGCCUAAAAGGUACGAGCUACGCUGUAUUAUCUGGAAAACCAAGGACGUGGACCUGCAGGACUUCAAUUUAAGUGGCAGGAAGUCGAGCGACAUCUAUGUCAAAGGGUGGUUGUACGGGCUAGAGGAGGACAUUCAGAGGACAGACAUCCACUACCACUCCAUGACCGGGGAGGGCAACUUCAACUGGCGCUUCAUCUUCACCAUGGACUACCUGGCAGCAGAGCACGUGUGCGUCCAGUCACAGAAGGCCUACAUAUGGAGCCUGGACCCCACGACAACCAAGUUCCCAGCCCGGCUCAUCAUCCAGGUCUGGGACAAUGACCUGUUCUCCGCUGACGACUUCCUGGGAGUCCUGGAGCUGGACCUGUCGGACAUGCCCCUCCCGGCCCAGCAUGCCAAGACGUGCUCUAUCAAAAUGAUGGACCCCAAGCCCAAGUGGCCCUACUACUACCUCCCCAAGCACGUCUCCCUCUUCAAAAUGAAGACAGUGACCGGCUGGUGGCCUUGCCAGGUCCUUGACGGUGGCAAAUGGCGCUUGUCGGGUAAAGUGAAGAUGACUCUGGAGAUGCUGACACAGAAGGAUGCCCUUCUCAAGCCAGUCGGACGAGGCCGGGCAGAACCCAACCAAUUUCCUAAACUACACCCUCCCCUACGUGCAGACAGCUCAGCCUGGCUGCACUCGCCGCUGCAAAGCUUCUGCAACAUGGUCUGGAAACGCUACCGCUUGAGAGUCCUGAGCCUCUUUGUCGUGGUGCUUCUGCUGUUCCUGCUCUACAACUUCAUCUACUCAGUGCCUAACUACCUGGCCAUGAGCUGGGUCAAACCUCGACUCCAGAUGUCCAUUUCCCACUGAAACCAUCAGUGCCGCCACCACUUCACCAGCCACCACCCAGAACUACCCAGAACCACCCAGAACCUGCUAGAGCCUCCAAGAGACCAGAAGGCAAAACCGCCAGGACCCAUCAAUCAGCUGGGAGAUGUUUUUCCAGAUCUCCAGCCCCCCGUGGGGCUGGCCUGCUGCCCACCAUCAGCCCUUCCCUUGGGUUUCCCACCAGGAAGGGGCUGGGGAUACUCUGGCUCUUCUGUUCAGAAGCCACGUCCAACAAUAAAGGCCGAGUUGUAAUUUUC